ACGAGUGGCGAGAGGCUGGCGGCAAAAAUAGCCGCGAGUUUGUACCUGGUGGUGCAGUUCGGCCAGACAAACCGACAGGCUCAUUGGCAGAAUAGCGAGUACCGAGCGAGCAGACGGACGGAUGGACUGACGACAAACCAAAGGCAGUAGCAGCAGCGACAGGCGCCGCCGCUGCCGCCACAGUAGCAGCACCAGCGAGGUGGCAGUAGCUGCAGCCUUCAAGCCCUGUCCCAUUCCGUCUGCGGCUCCCGCUACUGCCCAACCAGAGCAGCGUUGGCAGCCGAGCGAGUGGUGUCGCGACAGCCAUCAGCGUAUACAGUCAGCAUCACAGAGAGCAAACCGAAACGAGACAAGACGAAGUUUUGUAUUCACGUGCUGCGUGUUGUUCGUGUCCCACUUUGUUGGUGCUGAUGAACAAAUAGACAGAGGGACGGAUAGGCAGAUAGAUAGACAGACGGACGGACGGACGGACGGACAGGGCGAGGAGGAUAAAAACAGCACAGUCUUUGUGGACAGCGGUGAAAAUCGGCGGCUUCACUAGUAACCAACAGCAGCAGCAGCAACGGCGGCACACAAAAAGAAAUCGCACUCUCAGACAGCCAUCGUUGGCGCUGUGUAGCUGCCAAUGACGGCUUCGUCUGUCGUGCUCGUCGUCACUGUUCGGUUUUUUCAAUCGUUCGCUCGUUGUACGUUUAUCCUUCGUUAACUACUGCUGCUGCUGGGUAGUCGCUACUGCUGCCCGCUUGAUCGGCGACUGGAUUCGUGCGUGCGAGAGCAGCAGCUGCAACGGUGAUAAUCUCCUGUGCGGGUGUUCUCUCGCAACUAAAAAACCGCCGUUCAAAAUAACAGCAGCUUGGAAGGUAAAAGCCUGUGGUGUGUGUAUCACCAAUAUUUCACGCAGUGUUUUGCCGCUACUCGGACUGUGCUGUGUUUCUUGUUUCGUCGGUGUUCGACGCCUGCCCACAAGAGAUAACAUAUACUGUUAUUAUUAUUGUUUGUUAUUAUUAUCAUUAUCGGCGUAUGAGAAAUGUUCGGAUUCUGUGUUGUGUGUGUUUAAGUCGUUUCUCUUGGAUUUCUCUUCUUACUGUGUGUCCGCCGUGUGAAUGAUUGUGGUCUUACCGGUGGGGCAAGGGACAAACGGGAUUUGAUUAUCCCUUCCUGUCGUAUGUCUUACAAAUAUGAUUACUGAACUUAAUUACGAAUAGUUGUCGCUGCAGUUCUAAACGGUACGUUGUACACGUCGUGGGUGACGAGUUUAUUAAGAGUAGCAGCGGCAGCUGCUGCUGCUGCUAUCUCUAGCGUUGUUACUUCGCACAGUUUGCUCGUUCACGGUAAACCAACCACCGUUGCCGUGUUCGGCUCGGCUGGGGGAUCUGUUGCGGCAGUAAGCACCCGAAGACUUAACGAGGGUUUGUGCAAAGAGAAGAUACUGACGAGUUGUGAGUGCCGUCGUUUAAGUCCAAUAUGUGCUAGCGCCCGGAUCUGGUAGCAGUGCCUUUUACCUAAUGCCCCCAGUAUCAUUUUCUUAUCGAUAUUCAUCGGUCGUCGCAGUGAUUGUGUCAGUGGUGAUUGUGCGUUCCAGCGGCCAGCGAGCCGUUCCGGUCGCUGUUGUUGUCCGUUCCUGUGCCCCCUAAGGAGAACAUUAGCAGGUGCUGCAAGUACUGUUGUUGCAGGUUACUGCAACUUUGUCACAACUAAAACAUAUUGCUUAUUAUACUCCACAGCGUAGAAAAAGGAAAGUUAUCGAACCCACCACUAACACGAAAGUGACAAGUUUGGCGGAUUCUAGCCUCGUCUGCUGUUCGAUCAACGGGUGGAGCACGGUGGAAUAAACGGAAUAAUAAUAAUUAUUAUAAAAUCAUCAUUAUCAUAAUCACUUCGUGUUAUCUGUGCUAAAUCGAAGAACAGUUGGUUCCCGUCAUAGCUGUCGCUGCGAGUGGUAUUGGGUCUUGUGUUAUUAAUGGUGUAAGGUACUACACUGCCUACGAAUCGCACAAGAAUUACUUUACAACGAUAUUCAGUAGUCAGCAGUUGCAGAAACGCGCCUGCUGUGCUGUCUACUGUAGGCAAAAAUAAACGAGAAAUGGAGAACAUGGUCAAGGAAGACGUCUUCCAGGCUCUGACUGAGUUUGGCCGGAAGGGCGACUCCCCUAUCCCGCGAUUGCUUGAAGACUACCUCCGCUUCGUCGCCAAUACGGGUGAUACAAUCUUCCCUUGGUCAGUCAUUAAGGCACUAGUGCGACGCAAAAUCGAACAGGUGUUAUGCGAUUUUUUGUUGGUAUCAUCCCCGGACUCCGUUCCAGCAUCUCCGAACGUUGACCCUUUCAAAUACGCUCUGAUGCGCGAAAAGAUCCUUGAAGCUCUUGAGUACUUCACGCAAGCACCGUUUACCAUCCAGAGGUUAUGCGAAGUGAUGGUAGAACCGAAGAAAUACUAUAAGAGGAUUGACAAACUUAUGCGAGCAAUUGAAAAAAACCUCCUAGUAACGACAACCGUUGAUCCGCGACGGCCUGCGAGUCCAAAUGGAGAAACGGCACAAGCAAGCGGCGUAGUCAAUGGCUACGACGAACGGGCAAAUGGACACCAUCCUGCUGGGCUUCGUGGAGUAUCGGGAGUUCCCGAGGGCGCUCAGCUCAAUGCAGAUGCAGCAAGUGCAGGCCUGGACGAAGAAGAACCCAUGGACAUCACAGGUCCGCCAGCUCCACAACCGCACGCUGUUCUUGACUGUCCUGCCGAGGCCAUGGAAGGCUGCGAAGAUGAGUCCGGAGAAGACAUCGAUGUCGAUCAGGACAAUCCCCAACCGACUGAUAACCCCAGCCACGGAGUAGCAUCAACAACAGGUUCGGGAAUUGCCAACACAACCUCCGUUGAGUCUGAUGGCCAUAACCGCGUACAGCAACAAUUAGACAACAGUAACAGUGGCGCCAGUGGCGGCGUCGCCGGAGCUAACACCAGUGUUCAGGAGACAGGCGCAACAGCAGCCAAAAGUGGAGCAGGGAGCGGUGGGGGUGGCUCGUCCCAGGAAAAUUUGCUUCAUAUUCAACAGCAGAUGCGCGAACAGCAGCAGCAACAGCAGUUGAUGGCGAUGACUGGAUUUGAUGCGGCGUCAACCACGACAGCAGCUGGAGUUAACAAGACUGAAGGUUCUGCAGCCGGGUCUGGUGGGAUAGGUUCCAAACCCGGGCCCAUGGCAAUGGAAAACCCCCCUGCUGGUUUGGGGUCGGGAACAGGUCAAGCAGGCCCUGGUGCCGCUCUCAAUGAUGAAGACAGCUGUAGCGAUGUCGAGGCAGAAGGGGAGGGAGAACAGGACAUGAUACUCAUGAUGAUGAGAGGCUCUCGAGGGGAGAGCGGACAAGACAACGAGCUUGAGCAGCAGGUUCCCCAGUUUGGAUCGUGCGAAUCGGGCGAGUCUGGAGGCUUAUCGCCUGUUCAGUUUCAGAAUGUGUCAUCGCAGUCAUCACAGGACGCGAAAAAGGAGAAUCAGACGCAACAGCAUCGUACGUCAUCUCUAACGACAAGAACAAACUUAACGUCAGAAAGCACCACGCCAACAGCAGCGGGAAGCCAAGGCAGUCCCAGUGGAAGCCAGAGUUCACUCGUGGAAAGCAGUCAACAGCUACAGACAGAUGGUGAUAGCAACACCGAAGAUACUACCAACCAAAUCAGCCAGAACAACGAGGCCAAAUCUCCCGAACCGCAUCAAGAACAGGACAAAAUUGUUAAGAGAGCCACGUCACGGUCACUGGGGAAUAGCGAAGCGUUGGCAUUGUCUGGAGGUGACCAGAACGGCGGGAGAACCGAUGAAAAUGGAAGGGUAAAUAGACGCGGGCAGACAACACUAAUGGAGAAUACCGAGGAAGGAAGUAUCGGGCAGAGUUCGAGUGAGCGAAGCCUGUCGGUAGCAUCCGAAGCCUCCGUUAGUCGACUAGUUAAAAUCGCAGGAUCAUCAUCGUCCAAAACGAACGAUGCCGAAACAGGGGAGCAGGUAGAUCUUGAUCCUACAGGCUCACCACCGAAAAACGAGGCUAUCGCGAAGUAGUGAUCGAUCUCGAAAUAACAAAUCGCGGACGCAAUUGAAUUUCUUAAUUAGUUAAAUUAAGGAAAUAAAGAAUGACAAAGACAUAGUUGGAAUAGUUUAGGUGAAGAAGACUGUUUAUAUAGAAUGAAUAUAUGAUCAUAUUAAUAAUAGCAGAGCAAAAGGCAACGCCAACAACAAAGCUAUUCAAAAUCCAUUACAAAAUUAAGUGGACGAAGCGGGAACAAAUUAGCGUGCGCACACGAAACAUAUUUAGAAAGCGGAAAAUGGUGAGCCGCAUAAGGUGUGCUACCUUCCCGUCAGGGCGACGGGUGAUAGGUAGUUUAGAAACGUUGUCAAAACAAGAUAAACCAGUUGCUGAAUUAAUGAUGUUGAUCGUCAGCAAAGUUGCGGAAACUUAGGGAGCUAUAGGGGAUAAGUGGCGCAAGCGAAUGAUAAGCGACAGGCAACAGAAAAGGCGUAGUUUACUAGUUAUUAUUAUUAUUAUGCAUAAGUAAUAACAGAACGAAGAUAACGCGACGAAAGAAAGUGGUGCCCAAGUUAUUAUAUGAGAUAGACAAUAUAAAAUACUUCCUCGUUCGCUGUUAUAUACAAAGUGCUCGCUUAUGACGAAGAUGGUGAAAACGUGUAUGUACAGUUUUAAUAUGUGUGAUGACGACGCCGAUGAAAAUAAGUUAGAAAUAAGUGGCAAAAGAGAAGGCUGCUAUGCUUUUAUUCAGAUGCCGUAUAAUACGAGAUGCAUCGGCACUGGCGGCGCGAAUUUAUUAGAAACACAGCAUAGAAGAAGCACAAAUAGUGUUAUUCUAGCCUCUAGAUUAAUCGGCUAACAUGGAGGGCAUGUAGGUGUUAGCAGGAGAUCAGGGAGCUCAUACAUAAAGGCAAAGCGUACAAUUUGAACUAUACAGGCGAUGAUCGUAGUCAAAUAAUGAACACUGUUUUGCUUUAGAACUAGUAGAACUAAAGCGAAGGAGUGUAGAACAAUUUGUUGCAUUCGCCAUUAUGCUGCCAUUAUUAUUUGUCGACUUCGCUUGAACUACUGCUCUGAUCUACAGAUCCACAACGUAUAAGUCUGGAUGAAGUUUAGCUGAAUCAGAGCGGCGCUCAGCACACGGAAUAGGGCAACGGAGAUGGGGCGGGGGGGGGGGAGGCACUGAACGUAAGAAGCUGCUGUAAAAAGACAGAGAAUUGUCAGUCUUCUAUGCCUAUUCCAUCACAGACUUACUGAAAUAACUCGGACAUGUAUUUCACACAGCCAAACGCACUUAUUCAAAUGUUUUUGAGUCAGAUAGCAGCAGCAGCAGCAUAAGACAGUACAGCAGAGAAGUCACGUAGUUCGUAUAGAGCAGCCUAUACGCAUAGACGAACGUAAUGCAGCGAGCGAAGAUUGAGUAACGCCGAACUUACUUAAUAUGUGUACGAAAAUGCAAAUAUAGUAGAGCGACAUUAUACCAACAAACACGCUACGAAUGCAUGUUGAAACGAAAAUCAUACAUCAAUAACGUGAAAUAACAAACAUUCAGUGAGAGCGUAUGGGCGAAACGUAUGAAGAACGGUAGGUAAUGGUUAUUUAGAAGGUGGACGAAAAGAUUGCUACUAGCAGCAGUGUAACGUGUUAUCUGAGGUGGACAUUUUUAAAACACAGGGGACACGCAGAAGAAAGUCAAUCGCAACAAUUAGGACAUCAUUAUGAGAGUUUAGCAACGGCAACACCAUCAAUAGUAACAGCAAAGCAACAACAUUAAUAAAUAAGGACAAUAAUACAGUAAUUAUAAUGUGUGAAACUGUCUAGCCGAUAUGGCGCUGCCAUGAACGCAGUGUCCUGUGUAUAUUUUUGGAUAGAAAUAAAUGAAUAAAUAUUGACAAACAGCUUCAUGAUCGUGUACAAAAUAGA